GUAUACAAAUGUACAGCAGAAGUUACCUGAUUUUAUGGUCACUAGUCCUCACAAUGGGCAAUUUCGAACUAGGCUACACAAGUAACAUCGUCAGUGUCCUAUGGGACUUCACCCCAUGUAUCUUCAAUUUCCACCCUCCUCGAAGACGAUGGAUCAACACAGGUGCAAAUAUUAUCUUUCCGUUAUCAGCAGGUAUUGGAGCAGGAAUUGCAUGGAUUCUUGUGAAACGCGGCAAGAGGAAAGGGCUUAUGUUAUCAGCAGUUAUUAUACAAUUAUAGG